AUGGGGGCACUGCUGGGGCUGCUGGCGCUGCUGGGCCUGGCGGGGUGCCCUGCCGCCCCCCGGGACGCGCCGGGGGAGCUGCGUGUCGCGGCCACCUGGGUGACGGUGCCGCGGCAGUUGAGCCCCCGGGCCGACACCAGCCCCCCGGCCGUGUCCUACUGGCUGGAGGUAGCGGGGCGGCCGCGGGUGCUGCGCCUGCGGCCCAGGAGGGGCCUGGUCUCCCGCCCCUUCACCUUGGUCACCUACGGCAAGGACGGGGCCCGCUGGGAGGAGCACCCCUUCGUGCAGGACAACUGCUUCUACCAGGGCGAGGUGCAGGGGAGCCCCGGCUCCUUGGUGGCCCUCGGCACCUGCGGCAGGGGCCUCCACGGCGUGUUCUGGGUGGAGGAUGGCACCUACGAGAUCGAGCCCAUCCCCGACGAUCCGGCCUUCCGGCACAUCCUCUACCGCAUGGAGGAAGCCGGCAACCCCGCUGGCCCCACCUGCGGGCUGACCCCGGAGGAGCUGCAGCACCAAAGGGCUUUGCUGCCUUGGUUCGAGGUCCCCCGGGUGGAGGACGGGGAGAAGAUGCUGAAUGACUGGUGGACGCAUGUCAGGUACGUGAAGAUAGUCGUGGUCGUGGACAACGUGCGGUUCGUGAAGUCAGGCAGGAACGAAUCCGAAGUCUUGAGACAAGUCAUAGAAAUCAUCAACAUUGGGGACUCUCUGUACGAACAGCUUUCUGUUCGGCUCUUUCUCGUGGGGCUGGAGAUCUGGACCAAAAGCAACCUUAUAAACAUUACUAACUCUGUCAACAACGCACUUGACGACUUUAACAAAUGGCGGAAGUCAGACCUGUCUCCACGGAUGCGCCACGAUACCGCUCACUUAUUUGCAUUUCAGAGCUUUGGAAAUAGCCUGGGAUUGGCAUUUCUAGGGUCUGUGUGUAAUAAGCACUGGUCAGCAGCAGUUGCUUCCUUCACUGAUAGGAGGCUGUCCUCAUUUAUUACGACCUUUGUGCAUGAGCUGGGCCAUACUCUUGGGAUGCGCCAUGAUGGAAAGGGCUGUAAAUGCAGACGAAAGAGAUGCAUUAUGUACGAAAGUGCUGUUGACACUGAUGCGUUCAGCGACUGCAGUUACAAAGACUACUUUGACCUGCUUGGGCGUGGUGCCACCUGCAUUAGUCAACCGCCAGCACCGGGCACCUUCUAUACUAUGAAGCGUGAAUACUGUGGGAAUAAGAUAGUAGAAAGCGGAGAGCAGUGUGACUGUGGUUCAGACUCAAACUGCAGAAAGGAUCCUUGUUGUCACCCGAACUGUACAUUUACUGCAGGUUCAGUCUGUGCUUCUGGAAAAUGCUGCAAGAGCUGUCAGGUCCUGCCAGCAGGAACGCUCUGCAGAGCAAGUACUGGUGACUGUGACCUGCCAGAGUACUGCAAUGGGACUUCCCCUCGGUGCCCGCUGGAUGUGUACGUACAAGAUGGAACCCCUUGCAAAGACAGUGCUUAUUGCUAUCGAGGAAAAUGUCCUUCCCACAGGAAACUCUGCCAGCAUCUCUUUGGCAAACAAGCCAGGGCUGCUCCUUUAGAAUGCUUCAAAGCCGUGAAUACUCGAGGUGACCGGUUUGGGAAUUGUGGUAUUCGUAACAAUAUCCAUUUUACAAAAUGCAGGAUUGAGAAUGUCUUAUGUGGUAGGAUCCAGUGUGAAAACAUACACAAGUUGCCUUUCUUGCAGAACCACGUAACUCUAGUCCAAACCCCUGUUGGAGAUAAAAAGUGUUGGGGUUUCGACUACCAUGUAGGGAUACCAGUAGCUGAUGUAGGAGCUGUGGAAGAAGGCACGCCAUGUGGUAGUGAUAUGCUUUGUAUCAACAAGACAUGUACCAGCGUAUCACUGCUGAACUAUGACUGUAACAUGACAAAGUGUCAUGACAGAGGAGUGUGUAACAAUCGUAAGAACUGUCACUGCAGGUAUGGCUGGGCUCCUCCGUAUUGUGAAUGGGAAGGAUUUGGAGGUAGCGUUGACAGUGGACCCCCUCCACCUAGGAAGAUUUUUCAGACAGCAAAAAUAGGACUAGCAAUAUUUAGUCUUCUCUUUCUCUGUAUCCUUGGAGUAACCGUUAUCGUACGUUAUAAACGUGAAAUAGUGGGAUGGCUUAGGAGGAAAAGGCCCAUUUAUGCAGAAGAAGAUAGCAGUUGUUUCAAAUACGAGAAGGGCCAGCAGUUCCUGAAGGAGAUCACCUGCUAG